CAAACCAAAGAGUAGUAUACAAAUUAUGUAGGCGGGUUUAUUUAUAUGUAAAAAUUUAUUUAUUUACUUGACAUUGGCGGAAUUGUGCGAAAUGCGCAGAUAAGCCAUUAAUUAAAAAGAAGAAGAGUGAAAUGUGAAAUACCCGUUUUUUCUGCUUUACUGUUUGUUUUAGUGAAGAAACGACAACGCCAUUUGGCAGGAUUGUGGUUAACACAAAAUAGUCAUUAAAAUAGAAGAAGAAGAAGACAACGCCAUUAUUAAUUAAAACGUAGAAGAAGACUUCAAUUUAUUUCUGUUGUGGUUAGACUUCUUUGAUUCAACAUUUGAAUUAAAUCUAUUUAUCAUAGGUAGUGCGAUAACACAGCCAAUCUUGAUAUAUGUUAGAUCCAUUCUGUAAUAGUAAUUAAAUAUUAUUUUUAAACAUAGUUGUGACAUCUAACUUUGGGCCAUGAGAUAGUUAUUGUGAUAUUAUUCUAUAAUGGAAGAACAACAAAAAGUUCUGAACUAUUUGGUGUCAGUCGAGAAAUUAGCAGAAGAGAUUUUAUCCGAUAAAAGGGAAAUAAUUAUGUUAGAUAAGAGAAGAAAUGAAAAUAGAGAAGCACUCAGAGAGCUUACCAAAUCACAGCAAGUAAAGAAUUGGAUAACUGUAGGAUCUGUUCUAAUAAAACAUAAUUUAGAAGCAACAAAAUCUAUGCUAGAGGCGGAUCAGACUCAGUUGAGUAUAGACAUAAAUAAUCUUCGAUCUAACCUUAAAGUCAAAGUCAAUGAUUUGAGAGAUUUGGAAAUGCAACCACCUGUACCAGGAUUAAUGUUAGUACCUAUGACACAAAAGGAGAGAGAAGGAUUAGCAAAAGCAGGCUUAUUUAAUUAGAAAAUGGAUCCAUAUUUCUAAUGAACAAAUUACAAUGUACCUUCUGAGCAGGACAUGAAUAAAUAUAAUUUUUCUUAUAUAGAAUUUUGUACAUAUAAAAUAUGUUUAUAUGUAAUUUUCCCCCUAUUACAUUUGAGGACUUUGGGCUUCCUGCAGGAGCUGGGGUUGCAGUACUGAUGCAACCCAGUUAUUCACACUAAAUAGGCAGAGUAGUAUAGAGUUGUAGAACACCACUAAGCCCACAGUAUAACAUAACAUUGGAAAUCAGUCUUCUUAUUAUUAAAGUAGUUGUUCAAAAUAUGUAUUAUAUAUUUAAGCCCAUGGGCAGAGAUGGGGAAUAUAUUUGAGUUUUUUCUUUUAAUACAAAUUAAAAUAGAAAAAUAUAUAUAAUUUAUACUUCUUAGGCUUUAGUAUCAUGUUAACUGUCAGCACUGACAGGCC